CUAGUCCCCAAAGCAGAGUGACGCAUCGUCUCAGUACACUGGAUCGUAGAAUCUUCAAUCAUGUCGGAUCUUCGUUAUACCGCAAACUCGCAACUUGAAUCGCUGCAUUCCAGAUAUACCGGUACUGGUCACGCCGAUGUAACGAAGCACGAGUGGUUGGUUCAUCAACACCGAGAUACAUAUGCCUCUAUCGUCGGUCAUCCCGGUCUUGCCGCGUACGUAGCGAUCGCCGAGAACGAAUGCAUCGCCAGGACAAAGUUCGAGAUGGUCGAGAGGAUGCUACAACCAUGCGGUCCCCCACCGAAACCUUCUGACGACGAAUAGUCACCUCGCAUAACAGCGAAUCCUUUCACGACCCGAUCAUGCCGACCAAGCCGCAUAUUACCUCAAGGCUCCGUUUUUGCCGUUGUAUAUCAACGUCACUCCUCGACGACAUCUAUAUUCA